AUGAGCUCUGGGUUCCCCGUUGACGUACCUGUCACAGAUCUAGACGUGGACGAUGAGACGUUCAGGAUUGACGACUACGACGAUGACAAUGUUUCGCUCGAUUUGCGCAACCUGAGACCUAGCUCUGAGUCGUUCCUUGGGAAGGUCAAGACAAACUUCUUCAAGGUGUUCAGACAGCGCCAGAAGGGCUUUGAGUAUCUCGACACGAUCGAGAUGUUUGACCGCAACAGGUCGGAUUCGAGUUUUGCCGAGCUGGGCGAGUUUGAGCCCGUGAAAAGACACAGCUACAAGAAACUGUACUUCCAUCUUCUUCUAGGCGGGUUUUUGGUGUUAUUGCUGACCAUAUCGCUUGUCGUCACGCGCAACCGCUCGGGAGGGUCUGUCAGAACUACAGCAAAGCCUAUUUUGUCCAACGGAACACACGAGUUCUACCCAACGACUAUUCUUAUCUCUCUGGACGGGUUCCACCCGCACUACGUCUCGCCUGCUCUGACGCCGUUCUUGCAUAGCUUGAUGAUCGGAAAGGGGUAUGCGCCGCCAUACAUGAUCCCGUCGAAUCCGACAGUCACAUUUGCGAACCACUACACGCUGGUGACAGGCCUCAAACCUAUUUAUCACGGAAUCGUCUCGAACCGCUUCUACGACGCCGCAUCGCAUGAAACUUUCAUCAACACCAACGACUCGGUUGCGCUGCAGCCGCAAUGGUGGGGCGGCGAGCCCGUGUGGUCCACGGCAGCCCGCCAGGGUGUCAGCAGCGCAGUCCAUAUGUGGCCCGGAUCGGAGGUCGAUUAUGGCGCAGACUUGAACCCCAUGGAAGUUGACCAGUUCAACAAGUCCGAAGUCCUGUCGAGAAAAACUGAGCGCAUACUUGAAUGGCUCGAUAGGCCGCUGGUCUCGCGUUUUUGGAAUCUGUCUACGUGGGGCUAG